AUGGCCGCCUCUCUCCUCCACGCCGCCACCGCCUCGCUCCAGAGCCCCACCCAGCCCGCGCGCGCGGGCGCCGCCGCCUUUCACCCGCUCGCGUCCGCCCCGUCCCUACGCCUCGCGCGCUCCUCGUUCUCGUCCAGUCGCCGCCUCGAGGUUUUGCUCCGGGCGGUCUCGCCCGGUCACCGUUUCGCGGGGAGGGGAGCACCCCGGGGCCGCCGCGUUGUCGCUGCCCUAGCGGGGGAGCAAACCGAGGGUUCAGACGUGAGCGAUGACAAGGAUAAAAGCAACGAGGAGAUAAAGCCCGAGGAGGCUCAGGAAGCUUGGAAGGUAAUGCUGGAGCAGUUCAAGGCUGAGGCCCUGCGGAUGCAGGCCCUGUCAAUGCAGGCGUAUGAUGUCUACUCCAAGAGGACGAGGGAGGUAUUGCUGGAAGCCUCUGAGAAGCUGAAGAUACAGGCAGACAAAGCGCAGAAGGACCUGAGUGUGAUCGCUGCCGAGGUUAGUCAGGAGGGGCAGGAAUAUCUGACGAUGGCAGCUCGGAACUCCCCAGACUCGAUCAAGGAUAUCACAACGACGUUCAGGGCUCUUGGAAAAUUGAAUUGGCCAUCAGAGUAUGAGGAUUAUCAUGUGGGCAUUCCAUUUGGUACCUUUCUUACCGUAGGGGGUUUCCUCAACUUCAUGCUGACUGGAAGUACCUCUGCUCUCCGUUUUGGUAUUGUUCUUGGCCUUGCAUUGUUGGCUCUGGGAAUCUCAAGUUUGAGAUCACAAAGAGAAGGCGGUCGUUGGCCUCGUCUUCUCGUAAAAGGGCAAGCUGCAAUAGCUAGUGUCAUCUUCUUCAGGGAGUUUUCAGUUCUUCUCCAGAGUUUAAUUUCGCCCAUCUUUCCACCCUAUAGAAUGGCUGGUUCCCAAAAAUCUUCAUGGUUCUUCUCAGUGGAGUGGUGGCAGGCUUUUACUUCUACCGCAUUGCAACUGGUAGCCCCAAAGAUCUGA